ACCUCCCGGGUCAGCAAAAUCUCCAGGUGAACUCUAAAAGGUGGUCGCUCGUACGGGACUAUACAAAAACUACUACAGUGCCCACUCGAUUCUAUAAAUUAAUACUCUAAUAUUGUUAUUCUUAAAAAUCAUACAUGUUCAUAGUUCAUUUAAUAUGACAAAAGUACGUUUUCAAUUUCAUUUCAAAGUUAGUGAAGUCACGUUGUACUAGUGUAUAGAACUCGACAUAAGUAAUUAACAUGAACAAUGAGGAUUGUGGAGAUUUUUGGGGGUGAAGCAAAGAAAAAACAAUGCGCAAGAAGGAUUUUCGUUUUCAACAUUCACAUAACAUUUUGAUUGUUGCGGACGUUGGCAAUACGCAGAAACAUAUCCUGUACUCCCCGAUGAGACGUGUUGGACAACUACAAACAGUAACAUGUUGAAUGUCUCACGAAAAUUUUCAUUGAAUAUUGUUAUAAUUUCAGACAUUGAAAUGGGGUGUUUGAAAGGCUGGGCUAAAGCAAAAAGAUAAGCGCGAAACAAACAUGGCCCAGAUGUGACUCCUGUCAAGCAAAAGCAUAUACUGAAGACUGCUUCGUGGUAAUUCAGUUAUUGUGAACAUUUCAUAAAUAUUAAAAUGUUAAUUUUCUCGAUAUAAAAUUGUGUUCGUUGCCAUUGGAGUAUUUUGUAUGUGAAUGAGUGAAUACCAAUUUGAAUGGGCGAAAGACAAAACGACUUGUGAACACUGUGAAGAGUUUUUACAUUCAGCGCUUGAAGUCUCGUGGGCGGGCAAGUUGGGUGCGAAAUUAAAUUAUUUAAUUUAGCUAUUUUGAUGUUGAAUAUUAUAAUGAGAUACUUAGAGCAGACAAUGUAUCACGAUCAUCUUAAAAUGUCUUGGAGAUUCGGAGAAACGCUUUCAUAGAAAAUGAACAGAAUUGAUACGUGCAUAAUGUAGGGCUAUGAGACACAGUGGCUAAUUGAUGAUAAUUGCUGGCUAGUUGGUUUUCUUUUCCUUGAUAUGUAUUGAACUUUAUGCAACAACGUAGAGCAAGUGACUUGUCACAAUGGAUAAAGAAAAAUUCAAAAGUUCCCAGAAUUCGCAAGAUUGGCUUGAUUCUUUAUCUGAUGCAAUGAACUUCACAUUGACAGGAGAAUCUGAAAAUUUUUUUCAAGAAACACAUGGGAGAAUUAAUACUGAAAGGUUUUUUCAUGAAGCUCAGGAGAGAAUGAAUAAUGAGCGAAUGAAUAGUGAAAAAUUCUUUCAGGAAGCAUGUGAGAGAAUUAAGGCCUCCACAACAAGAAGUGCAGAUUUCUUUACUGUGAUGAAAGAAAAUGAGCUUAGAUCUUCUUCAAAAUCUAGGUUUAGUGCAAUGGAAAGAGAAAGCCAUGAGAUAAUUCGUAGUUUCUCAGCAGGGUCAGGAUGGAAUGUUCAAAGUUCUGAGGGACAUAUUAGUCCAGUUUCAAGUGAAGAAUGUAAAACACCUGUGAAAUCAUCAGCACAGUUAGUGACUGCAACAAAGCCUCGUUCCCAACUUUACAGUUUUGGUGGCUUUUCUCGCACUAAUCACUUAAUGUCUUUUUCACUUUCUGGAACUAGAUGUUUUGAAAACUUUAGUAGCAGCAGCUGUAAGCUGCAGAUGUCUAGAAGUACAUUUGAGUAUCCCAUGUCGGGCAGUAUGUUAAGGAGUUAUCAAGAGACCUUUGAUGUGUCUGAAUCGGAAAGUGAUGACGAUGAUAGUCCUGAUCAGUCACAUUGGCCUAGUCUUCCGGCACCUCGUCCUUUAAGUAUUGCUCCCAGUGAAUGCACUGACACUUCAAGUAUUUGUACAAGUGAUGGAGAAAAGAGCUCAAUUCUUGCUAUUGAAGCAUCACCAGAUCAUCGAAAAGAAAAGGCAUACCGUUUGGCUAAUGAAAUUCUUACAACUGAGAGAAGUUAUGUACAAAUCUUGCAUCUUAUUGAUCAGGUGUUUCAUUUUCGUGUUGAUCAAGAAAACAGAGCACAUCCAAUGUUUCCUCAAGAAAUGAUUCCUCAAAUGUUUUCAAAUAUAAAAUCAAUUUACAAGUUACACCAUGAUUUUCUGUUGCCUCAACUAGAAACUCGUAUGGCUAAUUGGGAACAAGAAUUGAGAAUAGGUGAUAUCAUGAAGGACCUUACACCAUUUCUCAAAAUGUACACUGAGUACAUAAAAAAUUUUGAUAAUGCAAUGAACAUCAUAAAUGCCCUUGUUGGAAAAAAUCAUAGAUUUGCUGCUAUUAUGGAUGAAAUUCAUCAAAUGCCUGAAUGUGGAGGACUGACUUUAUCCCAUCAUAUGUUGAGUCCCAUUCAGAGAAUACCACGUUACGAACUUCUUCUGAAGGAAUAUCUCAAGAAACUGCCUGAUGAUUCGCGUGACAGGGAAGAUACAGAAACUAUGAAAAAGAUAGACAAAUUUAAACAACUUCUUGAAAUUCAGGAGAAUAUAAGUGGUGUUGUUGAUUUAGUAAGUCCCACCAGAGAAUUGUUAAAAGAAGGCAAAAUAGUGAAAAUAUCAGCAAGAAGUGGAGAUCAUCAGGAGCGCUAUCUAUUUUUAUUUACAGAUAUUCUUCUGCUUUGCUCAUCUCGCUUAAUAUCGAAAAGUGUUAUAUUAGGACCUGUGUAUCGUUUAAGAGCAAAGUUCAAUAUGGAAACCAUUGAAAUUGUUGAGGGUGACAAUCUAGAAACGGAGAACACCUUUUAUGUCAGAGAUAAUCAUAAAAAUGUUGAACUUUACACACAUACUGUGGAAGAGAAGUCUGCAUGGUUAGAUGCUCUAUUUCUUGCUAUUCAAGAAUUGUGCAAAAGGAAGUCUUCACUAAAGUUAGGGGCCGACAGUUCAACUUCUAUAGAAAUGGAACUUGGAAAGAAAGUUCCUAAUUACAUCAAAAUGGAAAGCGUUACAAAAUGUAUGGAUUGUGCCACAAGCUUUGGAGUUAUAAAACGAAAGCAUCAUUGCCGAGCAUGUGGAAUUGUCUUGUGUGGGAAAUGUUCAAAUCAGAGAUUUCCUUUACCAUUUGAAGAUAACAAAGCUUCUCGUGUAUGCCGCCACUGCCAUCAAGUUCUUUCACAGAGAUCUGCCACUACAAGUCCUGAUAGAAGUCCAGAUAAUUUUACUCCAAGUUCAGAAAGCACUAAUAUUUUGUAUAGCAAAGAGAAAGGAGUUUUGGAGGUAUCAGCUGAUGCAAAUUCUGUGCUUAGUGGCUACUUGCUAUUGAAAACAAGCAAGACAUGGGCUCAAAGGUGGUUUUCACUUCAUGACGAUUUUGUCCUUUAUUCUUUCCGCUCACAUACAGAUAAUAGAGCGCUAACUGCUACUCCAUUGCCAGGGUUCACUGUUGUUAAGGGGUCAGAAUUGAAGAAUGAAUCUUUUAGUGAUAAAGAAAGAGUGUUCAAAAUGUAUCAUUCAAAAAAAAUAUAUCAUUUUCAAGCAAACUGUAAAGAUGAAGCAGAUAAAUGGGUCCUUGCUUUACAGAUGGCAUCUCGAGCGGAAUUGCCAUCACCAGACGACAUCAAAAGAUGAAGUUGUGUUCAGUGAUACAGAUAAUUAUGCUUUAAGAAUCAGUUGUAGUAAACUAGAAUUUUGUAAGCAAACUAGUCUUUUGGGAGAAAUGGUUAAACUUCCAGGCGCUAUUUUCUGUUAUGACUUUUUUUAAUGAUUUGCUUUUUUAAGAUAGAUUGUUACUGUUAUAAAAAAUGUUACAUUUGAUCCCUGAAAUGCUAAGGUAGGAAAGAAGGUAUUUUUGCCAUCUGACUUCCCUUUGAUGUCAGAUAGUGGCAACAUGUUCAAACUAGCAUAAUCAUCUCUUCAACUUCUUUUCCUGAGCAUUCAUGCUGCCAUGCAGUUAAUAAUCCAUCUAACCAACAGUAAUAUAUCCAUCCACAAAUAGUCAUAUCGCCAUCCACAUGCAGGUGAAUUGGUUCAAAUAUUGAUAUUGUUUUUUCUACUGCAAAGUAAAUUUUAUCAUGUUGUGAGAGCUGAGUUUUUAAAACCUCCCACAAAUAUGAUGCAGUUGUUCUUAAAUGUGCAUUCAAAGACAUUGUUCAAUUAGAAAUUCUAUUGAAUGUGCUUCUCAUUUGGAUUGCUGAGUAUUGAAAUAUGCUAAAUAUUGUAUGAUGGAAGCAUUGUAACUGCUAUUAAAAAUUCUAGUCAUUCAUGGUCAUAUCAAGAUUUUAUAAAAUAAAUCUUAGGCCAGAUAUUCGUAACUGAUGUACGUUUUUACAUUAUGGACUCUAAUUAGUUGGUUUAGGAACAAAAGGCACUAAAUCAUAUUAAUUUCUUGUAUUUUUUAUAAUUGCACUGCUUCCUUUUUUAUUCAUGUAUCAUGAUAAAAAAUCAUUUGCAUAAUGACCUUUUAUGAAUUCUUUGGCUUCUAUUCAAUUGUUUGAUUCUGACACACCAGCUGAUUUCAUAAUCAACAGUACACACUUCUCUUAUUUUUAGAACCAAAUAUUAUUUUAUAAUCCCUUUUCUGAAUAAUAGAGAAAAAAAUCACAAAUUAUAAUAAAAGAGUUUGAUUCAUCAUUAAUUUAAAAAAUCAUUACACAACAUUUCAAAGUGUUUUUUUUUUUUUAAUUUUUUUUUUAAAUUUUUUUAUUAGUGUUAAUUUUACAACAUUAGGAUUUAGUCAUGUGCUGUAAUGAAAGUAUCUUGCAAAUAUUGCCUAUAUAUUGAGGGAGAAGUUCACUUUUUGUGCAUUCAUACACAGGAUGUCAGGGCAAGCUGUGGUGUUGUGAAUUGAACUGCCAAUUUUUUAGAUGCAUAAAAGUAUUGAAUAUUGUCUCAAAAUGCAAUGUGCUAAGCACAAGAGUACAGUAUAGUGCUAUGUAGAAACGGACAUGCUUUUCAAUAAUCAGAAUUUUGUUGUAUUCCCAUUUUUCAAAAGUGUUUAACAAUUUUUAUUGAAAAGCAGAUCACCUUGUGUGUUCAUAUUUCUCAGUAGGUAUAUUAUUUAUACUUGAAAUUUGGAGGAGUUUAUUUUAUCAUUACUGUUUGUGGUUACUAUUGAAUUGAUUGUGACACUUUUAUGUUUGAAUGCAUUUGUGGGUAAAGUAACCAUUAAUUGGCAGUCAUAAUAAAAAGAAUAACACCUUCACUCCAGGAUUGUUAUGGAAACGUUUCCAAGGAGGGCCUAUCUUUCCCUACAAAUGAACAUCUUUGUUGUUUUAUAAAUAUGUUAACUUGUGCUAAACAUUUUAGUGUUGGAUCUUAGGAGUAAGCAUGACUUGCGUGUGCUAAUUGUACAUGGUGUCUGUAUCAGGUGGGACAAGCUUGUACUUAGUAACUUUCUUCAUUCUUAUAUUUUAAUGAAACCUUGAUGUAGAGAAAAAAUGUUAUUUGCUGGAAUCUAUUCUCUUCUUUCAAAAUACACCAAUCUCCAUUGUUGAAGAUAACAAAAGACGACGUCACUUCUCACAGCACAGUACUUGACUGAUUUAUGGAGACUUGUGGCUGAUUUUUGAAAGUAGCUGAAUUUUGCAAAUGACAAAAUCAAUUUUUUUUUAAGAGAAACAUUUAGUUAGAAUUAGAAAUUCCAUGAACUGGUUUAAACAUGAUUGUUGAAACCAGUUUCUUGUUAAUUUUUAAAAUUUAUUUAUUUUUGUUAAGUGAUUCAAAAAGUGUUCCUUGUAUUACAAUAUUAUUUUUUUCAACUUCCUCAAUGGAUAUAUUUAUAAACCAAAAUGGAUUGGGAUUUAGUUGACAUGGGUGCUAGAAGUUCUUAACAACUGGGACGGCUAUUCUUUAUAGAACAUGUUUCUUAUGUUAAUUAUAACUCAGUAAACAUUUUUCUAUUCAGUUCACAUAAAAAUUCCUGCCAAAUUUAAAUUAUUAAACAUUUUAAUAUAAUAUCUAUAAGAUUCAAUUUGAUCAGACCAAAAUUUAUCUUGAAGGAGUGUUUUGAAUGCAAGAAGAUGCUAUAAAAUCACAUAUUGAGAAAAGGCAUUUAAAGGUGAAGAUGAUACUGCACAUAUCUUUUCAAAACUUUUCUUGGCACAGCAGGUUUUUUAGAGAGUUUUGACAUUUUGUAAGCUAUACUAGGCAAUAUUGAUUUCUUCAUAGUGUAAAAACACCAAAAAAUAGGCAAUUCAAUUGCAUAUUUGCUCCUGGAAGCGAGUACAUUCAAAACAAACAUUAAUAUGAAAAGCAUUUCAACUGCAUAAUUCAAAAUAGUAGUUCAUCUCAGAGCUAAAAAGUUCAAUCAAAAUAUGGCUCUGAAGUGAUUACUUCAUAAGACUUACUUUUUAUUCUGUAAUUUUUUAUCCCGUGAGUGUAUGAAAUAAAAUAUAGAUCCAAGUUUUAUUCAAUACUAUUAAUUGUGAAUUGAAAAAAAAAGUCAUCAACAAAGGGAAAUCUUAUAAAGUUUUUCUACAGUUUUGGGUGCUAAAAUAGAAAAACAGAUUAAGACAAGAUAAUGUGCUACAGAAAGGAGUGUGGAGCAGAAUCUUAGCUGGUUACAUUCCAUCUAUUUAAAAAUGGCAGAACAGUAUAAAGUAAACUUUUCAAAUAGCAGAAAGUACUGAGACUUUUAUUAGGUGAAAUUCAAAAAAUGAACUAAUUUUGAAAAAAAAAAAUCAAAAUUUUUGUCAUAUCUCCCUAGGGAGUAGAUUUAACACUGAUUUAUUCCUCUGAAGUUACAUAAAGGAACAAAUGUACCGAAAUACAGUUCAUAAAUUUGAAGUUGUGACACAUUUGCAUGCAGUGGCAAAAGAAUGUGAAAGGAGUAAGUGCAUUUGCACAAACAAAUCACUGUUGACUGGAAUGCAAUUAUUUAAAGGGAGGUCAUUUCAUGUUGAUGUAAUAGCUAUAUUUUAAUUUCCUUAUCUUUCAUUUGUGCUUUUUGUGAACUAUUAGUUCCUUCUAAAAUGUAUAUACAUAAAAGCUUGCUACUCCAAUAUCUUUUCGUUGUAUAAGCAAUUUCAAAUCUUGUUUAUAUCUCAUCAUUAACUAGAUACUGAUAACUCUGUAAUUAUAUGAAAUGUUCUACUAGUUAUUCUCUUCAUGUAUCUCAGUUUAUUUUCCUGCCUGAUCCAGGACACCUUGUAUCUACCAUGAAUUGAGUUAAGUUUGAUCUAUUGAAGUUUGUGAUAUUCUCUAUGUAAUGGAUGCCAUUAAGCCUUCAUAGGCCUCUUCUUGUAGUAGGUGCAAUGUGCUACCUAGCAAUUACAUCAAAAUUCUUCUUGUGAUUAAUAUGUAUUGUCAUGACACAAUCAUCAAGCAUAUGCAUCAGUUUCAUUUUGUUAUAGAUAGCAAUGGCAGCUUUAUUUAACAUUGUGAGAACUUAAACAGCAAGUGCAUUCAUUUUUUACAACUGUCAUAGUAGCACUUCAAAAAAUAUUUCAUAUGAGUGCUUUUAUAAUCACUGGUUUACUGUGUUCUUUGGCUAUCCUCAAUUCAUUUGCAAAUGAAUAUAAGAAAGAAUUUUUAAUUUUUCUUGCAAUUAAAUGUCAUUGCAAAUUCAUAAAUUAAGCAACAAUUUAAAUCUAAAAUAAAUGUUGUUCUGUUAUAUUGUCACAUUGAUAUUAAUAAAUUCUAGUGUGUUCAUAAGAAUUAACAUUCAACCAAUAAAAUGCUCUUCCAAGAAUCAUAAUUUUCUUGAGCUAAAACAGAAUUAAGUCUUCAUGAUCUUAAUGAAAAGAGUAAUUUAAAAUAUAACUGAACUGUUGAAGAUAGCUAUGUGCUGUUUUCACUGGCAAAGUACCUUUCAUGAUUAAACUCAGGGCUUAAUCAUUGUGGAGUGGAGAACCUAAAGGUCAUAUACUAUUUUUGUGAGUGAAAGGGGAAAAUCUGCAGGCCUAUAAUAAAUGAAAUACAUCCAUAUUGUUUUAUGGUGAUAUUUGCUGUAAAUUUUGUUUACAAAUGUUAAAUGAACAGAGGAUACAAUCACACAUGCAACCAGUCUAAAUUCAUUGGUUAAGCAUUGUUUAAACAUAAAAUAUUAAAAUGAAGUUUUUGAUAAAUUGUGGCAUUGAGGCUUGACAAAAGCUUUAAUUUACUUACAUAUGAUUGUGAUCUUUCCAGAAAAGUACAGGAAUAUAUUUCACCUGUACUAAAUGAUUUGUAAGGUAUGAACAUGUUCAAUUGAUUAUUUUUUCUUUACAUUUUCAACUCUUGCAUUUAAUAUUUUACAAGUUUCUCAAUUAUAGUAUCAAUGCAGCGGGAAUUGGGAGAAUUGAAGGUCUUUUGGAAACUUGGUGCAGCUCAACAGGGUGCAGUGUAUAGGCAGCAUUACAAUGAAAAUGCUAUUGGGAAAACAUUAAUAGCAAUAAAGUAGUAUUUUUAUUAUUUAGAUUAAUGUUAUUUCUUGCAUUAUCUUGAUGCAAACAAUCUUAAUUCUUCAAUUCUAAUGUGUUGGUCAUUUAGUGUUUCCACUGUAUAAUUUUCUCUGUGAUUGUUUUCAUGCAAUUGCAUUACAAGAUUUUACAUGUAUUACGGACUUAUUACAAUUAGUUACCCUUUCAAUUUCAGUCAAAUUUUUAUUUUUCAGGAAAUAUUUUUUUAGUUCUUUUACUCAUUUGCGAUGUAACUCUAGGUGUCUUUCUCAAGCAUAUCAAAUUUUAUUAAGUAAUGAAGUCAUGUCCAAUUGUUGCUAAUACAGUUUUGGUUUGUGAAAAUCUUUUACAUGCUUUUGUAUUUCAUGAAUUUUAAUUUCAGGUACAAAUUUUGAUACAUAAUUAUAUAUAAAUGUCCAUAUUUUAGCAUUGUUGCCAAAAAUAUGUCUUUCAAGCCAAAUUAUUUGUUUAGGUAUAUUUUCUCUUUGAUACAAUUUAAUUACCUAGAUAUAAAUUAAAUAAAUAUUCAUGUUAGUAAUAUUUUUCAUUUGCAGUGUAGAGAAUUAUGGGGAAAAUUUUCAUUUUAAAUUCUUUGAAGUAAUAUAAAUAUCCUUUAUUUCUGACUUAGGUGAAAUUUAUUUCAGAAGUUGAAAACUAUAAUUACUUCAAACAUGUAACCGGCAAUAAUUCAAAAGUGAAAAGUUUUCAAUCUUGAAUAUACAUACUUUCACACCACUAGAAAAUCCCAGUAAAUAAAUUUAAUAAAGAAGAAAAAAAAGCAAAGUAUGAUCUACUUAAAUAAUGUUGUAUUUUAUUAUAAAUGUAGUUCCUAAAGUUUGUGUAUGUGCCUUUAGAUUGUUGGUAAUUGGAUCUUUAGAUCGUAUUAUUAGAAAUGACUGGAAAUCCAAUAUCAUUUUUUAAUUUGAAAUGCUCAGCAAGACAUCAUUUCCAUAGUGAUUUUCAAAAAGAUCAGAGAUUUUAAAUUUUCAAACUUUCUCAAAAUUUAGUUAUAGGAAAAAUGACUGAAAAUAAAAUGUACCUAUAUUAUGGGUAAACAACAUCAGAAAAUUACACAGAAAACUGAGCAUCAUAAAACUAAUGCAUUAAAAUUACCACAGUAUUGAGUACAAGUAUGACUUGACACCUUGUUUUAUAUAAAUUUAUUUAUAUUUUAAAUUCAAUACUAAGUGAAAAGAUGAAAUGCUCUGCGAGUACAAGAACUGGUCAUUAAGCAAAUGAUGUGACUAGAAUACAGAUGUUUCAUUUUUUUAUAAUUUAAUUUCAAAUAACAUUACUUUUUUCAUGACAAAGCAGUAUUUUAUUACAAAACAACAUAUUUCAUUAAUGUGGUUUUCUUUUUUUCCCUCCAGUUUAAUACAUUGUAAUUUUUAUCCUACUUAAAAAAUUAAUUUCUGGACCGAUUUUGUUAAUCUGAUUUUUCAGUGCUGUGAUUCUCUUCCUUUGAGUUCACUCUACAUUCCUUCUUGGUUUAUUUACAAGAAAGCAAUUGCCACAUUUAUAUGUUAUGAUACUUCUCGUUGUAGAAACAUAGUUUGUGUAUGAAAAUCAGUCUGUACUGGUCAGCUUAUUUGUCAGGUCAAGAAUAGAUUGUGGCUAAUCAGAUACCAAGAAUUUGUUCACCUUAUAGAAUACUUCAAGUAUGAUUUCAGGAUUUUUUAAAAAAUUGGAUGGUUCAGAAACUGAGCAAUUUUGCUACACUUCUGUUAAAAUAAAGAAUUGUGUGGUGUAGUGCAGUAGCUCAGGGACAUCUUUACCUUGUCAGGUAUCUUAUAUAAAACCAUUUGCAGUAUUGCUGGGUGCAAAAUAUAUUUGUUGAGCUUCUAUAGUUUAGAAGAAUGUUAUUGUGUAAAUAUUUAAUAGCCAGUUGCCUGAAAAGAGGAAUUACACGCUGUAGUUUGUCUUUUUAUACUUUUUUUUUCUUUCAUAGAUUCAUUCCUCUGCUGUCUGAUAGGUUAACAGAAUCUGUAACACAUUAAGAGUUGUUGCUGCUUUUUAUUUGUGUACAAUAUAAAUAUUUCUCUUAUGAUUUAAUUGUUUUACUAUGUAAAUUUUAUUGUAUAUUGUAAAUCAAUGUAUACAUUAUUUCACUUUGUGAUGAAUUUAAUAUGGUAAAAGCAUCUGGUACUGUCAUUUUGUAAAUUGACUUGCUCAUGAAUGCAGAAUUGAUCAGCUUCUGAUCGAUUUGCAUAUCAAACAAUAUUACAUAAUAGUAUGCUGACCUCUUUCAUAGAUGCAGAUAUGCAGGAAAAAUGUAGUAAAUUAACAUUUUAUUCCUAGGGUGACGUACAAAUAUCUGCAGAAAUGAACCUUUGCUACUGGAAUUGCAUAAAACAGGUAUUGUCCUAACUUUUGGAGUUCAACCAUUUAAAACUUUUGUAUAUAAUAAAGAAUUGGAAAUGUU